UCCGCUCUACCUUCGUCCUCAUUCCAGUUAUCUCUGGAAGUAGAAAUGGAUAGAACAACCCAUUUGAGGUCCUCUUUUGUCUUGCCGCUGAUAAAAACAGUCUCACCUCUCUCCUCUGCCCCUCAACCACCAAUCUCCUCUCGUCUCUCACUCCCAACAACCUCAUCAUCAUCUCUCUCUCUCUCUAGAAUCCACCAUUCCACUCCUCCCUUGAGCCAAACCCCCAUGGCAAUUUCGGCAGCCACAACCACAGCUUCUUCAAAGCUCAUAUGUCCAUGCUCUCCCUCCACUAAUCCCUCCCUACCACUCUCAAACCCCAUUUUUUGUACAAAUCUCACCAGGGUAAUACUCUCGUCUUCCUUUAUCAACAACGCUUCUAGCAUUUGCUUGCAUAAGCACCUCUCCACUACCACCCUCCACAAUCACCGCCGUGCCUUCACCGUUCGCGCCGCCCGUGGAAAAUUCGAGCGCAAAAAACCCCAUGUCAAUAUUGGGACUAUCGGCCAUGUAGACCACGGCAAGACCACUCUCACUGCAGCUCUUACCAUGGCCUUGGCUUCCUUGGGCGGCUCCGCCCCCAAGAAAUACGACGAAAUUGAUGCCGCCCCAGAGGAAAGAGCCCGUGGAAUCACCAUUAACACCGCCACCGUAGAGUACGAGACCGAGAACCGCCACUACGCCCACGUGGAUUGCCCGGGACACGCCGACUAUGUCAAGAACAUGAUUACCGGAGCUGCCCAGAUGGAUGGUGCGAUUCUUGUUGUUUCUGGGGCGGAUGGUCCAAUGCCACAAACCAAAGAGCACAUUCUACUAGCCAAACAGGUGGGUGUUCCCAAUAUGGUCGUGUUUUUGAACAAACAAGAUCAAGUUGAUGACGAAGAGUUGCUACAAUUGGUCGAAUUGGAGGUGAGAGAACUUCUUUCUUCUUAUGAAUUUCCUGGCGAUGAUAUUCCGAUUAUUUCUGGUUCUGCACUUUUAGCUUUGGAGGCUUUAAUGAGUAAUCCAAGUAUUAAGCGUGGUGAUAACCAAUGGGUUGAUAAAAUUUAUGAGCUUAUGGAUGCUGUUGAUAGUUAUAUUCCGAUACCGCAAAGACAGACAGAGUUGCCGUUUUUGCUAGCUAUAGAAGAUGUGUUUUCGAUUACGGGUCGUGGGACUGUGGCCACAGGGAGGGUUGAGAGAGGGACAAUUAAGGUUGGGGAUACAGUUGAUAUUGUGGGGUUGAAGGAUACUAGGAGCACUACUGUGACUGGAGUGGAAAUGUUUCAGAAGAUUCUAGAUGAGGCGAUGGCUGGGGAUAAUGUUGGGUUGUUGUUGAGAGGUAUUCAGAAGGUAGAUAUUCAGAGAGGGAUGGUGUUGGCAAAGCCGGGGACAAUUACCCCACAUACAAAGUUUGAGGCAAUUGUGUAUGUGUUGAAGAAGGAAGAGGGUGGGAGGCACUCACCAUUUUUCGCAGGGUAUAGACCUCAGUUUUACAUGAGAACUACUGAUGUGACUGGAAAGGUGACUUCUAUCAUGAAUGAUAAGGAUGAAGAGUCAAAGAUGGUUAUGCCUGGUGACCGUGUGAAGAUGGUGGUUGAGCUUAUAAUGCCAGUGGCUUGUGAGCAGGGGAUGAGGUUUGCUAUUAGAGAAGGUGGGAAGACUGUUGGAGCUGGUGUUAUUCAGUCUAUCAUUGAAUGAUGAUCAAACUUGUGCUUCUUCAUAUGCUUUUCGCUUUUGGAUGGUCCAAAGUCCAUAUCCUUGGGGUUAUGAAAUCAAUUGUACCUUUUUUCCGCAACAUCCUGUAUCCCCUAUGUGAUAUUUUCAACAUUUUUGGUUGCUUCUUCUAUGUCCUACUGUCUAGUUGAAGAACAUACUCGUGGUGAUUGAAUGCUAGUUACUUUUUCUCUAUUGCUUCGCCUGUUGUUGAGCUACUUAUGGCCCAUUUAUCAUAGCUUUUGCUACUUGAAGAUGUGCUAACAUUUUAUUUGGUUCAUUAUGUGACUUUGUUAUACUUAUCGAUUACCAUUUGU